AAGCCUACGUGCAAAAAUUAAGGUCAACAAUUGUGGUUUCUAUCCAAUAAUUUGUGACAUUGUACACAAACAAUAUCCAUGGCCUCUGCAGCUUCCAUUUCCUCAUCACAACCAGAAGCACCAAAGGUUCAUGCAUCUGAUAUUUCUAGCAUCAAAGCCUUUGCAGAAUCAAAGGGAGCCUCUCUGAUCCCUUACACCUACCACUCCAUCACAGAGCACCAUGAUGAUGAUGUAGCAGAUGAGCUUGCUGCUUCCAUCCCAGUCAUCGACUUGUCUCUCCUCACUUCGCAUGACCCUCAAAUCCACGCCAAAGCCGUGCACCAACUCGGCAAGGCCUGUGCAGAGUGGAGUUUCUUCAUGCUCACAAAUCAUGGAAUUCCCGAGAGCCUGGUGGAGGAGUUGAUGAAAAAGUCUCGCGAGUUUCAUGAUUUGCCGAUGGAAGAAAAGAAGGAGUUUGGUAAUAAAGGACCCUUUGAACCGAUCAGGCAUGGCACCAGCUUCUGUCCAGAAGCAGAGAAUGUUCAUUAUUGGAGAGAUUAUCUCAAGGCCAUCACGUUUCCUGAAUUCAACUUCCCCUACAAGCCACCAGGUUACAGGGAAGUUGCUUAUGAUUACAGCAAAAAAAUCAGAGGUGUGACAAGGAAGUUGCUUGAAGGAAUAUCAGAGAGUUUGGGAUUAGAAUCCAAUUCCAUAAUCGAGUCCACUGAUUUUGACUCUGGCCAUCAGCUGUUUGUUGUGAACCUGUAUCCACCAUGUCCACAACCGCACCUUGCUCUGGGGCUGCCUUCUCAUUCUGACGUAGGUUUAUUGACCUUGCUCACGCAGAAUGGAAUUGGAGGGCUUCAGGUUAAGCACAAUGGCAAAUGGGUCAAUGUCAAUCCCCUUCCCAACUGCCUAAUUGUUUUGCUUUCAGAUCAACUCGAGGUAGUGAGUAAUGGGAAGUACGCUAGGGUGAUGCACCGAGCAAUACUCAACAAUGCAGACACUAGGAUCAGUGUUGUGCUGGCGAAUGGACCUGCGCUAGAUAAGGAAAUUGGACCUUUGCCGGAGCUACUGCAGAAUUAUAAGCCAUUGUUCAGAAGCAUCAAAUACCGAGAUUACUUCCAAAUUCAGCAGAAGUCACGAUUACAAGAUAAAAGUAGCUUGGAUGAGAUUCGCCUUAACUAAUGCUCAACAAUGAUAUGAUACUCAUAUAUAUCUAUCUGUGCUGUUGCUUAAUUUGAACAACACGGGAUGGAAAGUUGGAAUAUGAAUAUGGUUAAUGUUAAGGGUAUGUAUUGAGUGAUGAUAAAUUGAUAAUGUUCCUGGAUUAGGCGUGUGUUCAUUGAUAUGAGAUAUGAUUACAUUUCAUUCUGGUGAUUGAUCGUGUUUCUGAA